UCGAAGUCCCGUAAGCGAAAAUUGACAGGCUCGACGACGCCGUCCUCAACCUUUGCCUUGUUCUUCUCUAUAAAUAGUAAAUCCAACAUUCUUCUGAAGUAGUAAAACCGUCGGCUUUCUACCCCCUAAAGAAUCCGUUACCGCCAGCCGUUCGUUUAAAAGCAGGACCAUCAGCUGUUGAGUCAUGAAUGAGCGUAAUUUUCUUUCUAUUGACAAAAUCAUCUUAUUGCAAGGCAGUCUCUGCCAAAAUGGUGGACUUCAGGCUUAUCAGAAAAGAGAUAUGUUAGAGACAUAAGGCAAGUGUCCAAAAGUAUAGAUUGCAGUUAUGGGUACCAAGUUAAUGAUGAAAUGGCCAAAGCAAAUAACAGCAUCCUUUGUUGAGCAGCUGAUUCUAGCAGAAAAGGAUUUACAGAAAGCAAUAAUGAUAUUUGAUGCAGCAACUGCUGAGUACAGUCAUGGAUUUAAGCAUGACAAUAGUACUUUUGGCAUCAUGAUUUCUAGAUUACUCUCUUCUAACCACUUCAAGUCAGCAGAAGAAAUGCUUGGUAGAAUGAAGAAUGAAAAGUGCAAGAUUAGUGAAGAUCUCUUCCUCAGCCUAUUUCGAGCUUAUGGUCGGGUGCACAAGCCUCUUGAGGUUAUAAGGAUUUUUGAAAUGAUGAAGGAGUAUGAUUGUGAGCCAACUGAAAAGUCUUAUUUUACAGUGUUCUCCAUUCUUGUUGAUGAGAACCAGUUAAAGACAGCUUUAAGAUUUUAUAAGUAUAUGAGGAAAAUGAGUAUUCCUCCUACUGUUGCUUCACUAAAUAUCCUGAUUAAAGCCCUUUGCAAGAACAUUGGAACAAUUGACUCUGCACUUAACAUUUUCCUUGAGAUGCCCAAGCGUGGAUUCACUCCAGAUUCAUACACAUAUGGUACUCUGAUCAAUGGGUUUUGUCAGCUGGGGAAGAUCAGUGAAGCAAAAGAACUUUUUGACGAGAUGAAUGCAAGUGGCUGUUCACCAAAUGUUGUCACUUAUAGUUGUUUAAUUCGAGGCCUAUGCCAGUCAAAGAAGAUGGAUGAAGCCAUGUCAUUGCUUGUGGAGAUGAAGAGUAAAGGAAUUGAGCCUAAUUUGUUCACUUACGGUGCUCUCAUGGAUGGUCAUUGUAAAUCUGGACAGUCUUCAGAUGCCAUGAAGCUCCUUGAGAUGAUGAUUAGCAAACGCCAGGCACCUAACAUGGUAAUUUACAGUACCUUAAUACAUGGUCUCUGUAAGGAAGGUAAACUUGGUGAAGCUUUGGAGAUUUUUGAUCGGAUGAAACUUCAGGGGUUGAAACCUGAUGCGGGUUUGUAUUGGAAAAUUAUUAAUGGUUUUUGUGAUAUCAGCAAGUUCCUGGACGCGGCAAACUUUCUUGAUGAAAUGGUUCUUGGUGGAAUCUCUCCUAAUAGAGUAACUUGGAGCCUUCAUACCAAAAUUCAUAACACAGUUGUCCUGGGCCUUUGCAAGAUUGAUUUAAAUCGAGCUUUUCAAAUGUAUCUAAGCAUGCGCUCUAGAGGAAUUUCGGUUGAGGCAAAAACCUUUGGGUCUCUUGUUGAUUCUUUUUGCAUGAAAAAGGACCUAAAGAAAGCUUCUCGAGUUCUUGAUGAGAUGGUGGUUGAUGGAUGCAUACCUGAGGAAGCAACUUGGAGCGCUAUAUUAACUGGGUUUUGGGACAAAAAAAAGGUUCAUGAAGCUGCUAAGUUGGUACAGACACAGAUACUGGGAAACUUAUAGUGGCAGGCAUGUGAUAUCUAGUUCUUUUCAUGCCAGUGAGAAGAAGAAAAUGUGCAUGCUUGGAAUUUGAUACUUUGGAAUUUGAGAAAGCUACAUCCUUGGAACUGGGCUAUGAGUGGUUCCCUGCAAUGCCAUGACAUAGCAUUCCCAUUAUCAAAUGUGCUUCAUCUUUUUACUGGCAUUACUCAGGGAGACAAGGUAAUAUUGCUAGGUGCAAAUAUUAGUUUUCUACAGUUGAUUACAAGUUAACUACAAGGCAGAUGCCCUGUUUCUUUGGUCAUGCUUAAUCACGAUCAAGUAACCAUGGCACCCUUUGUAUAAUAAUUAAGGAAGAAAGAUGUUCUUUUUGUUAAGCAAGUUUUUGCAUAAUAGUUGUAUCAGAAGUGAAACAUGUAUUGUAGCUACUUAAUGAACAUUUACUUGGGGCGUAUGAAAUUUAUAAUUUGAAUUACAGAUGUCUA